CAGCUGUAGCAUCUGCAAACGUUUAAAGAAUUGGUGGCCAUCUCAAAGAAGGGGAGGUCGUUUUCAUUUUGCCCAGGUGGAGUGUUCUACGUACACUUUGCAGCUGAACCAAAGAGGUCAUGCAGGAGAAUUUGGAGACUGCCACCAUUCCAGGUCCAGAUUCUUUACAGCGCUCUGCACAUGCUGAAAGAGUGGAAGUGGACCCCCUUGAAACGUUCAGAGGAGGGUGCCCUGAAGAGAAAGUGACCUUUCUUCCUCAGCAAAAGCCAGAGACACAGCAGAGAAGCCAUCUGUUGGAGGGGGUGGGAAAAUCUCUACCUUGCUGGGGAAGCUCUGAGGGCCUUAGUGAACCUACUGUCCAACAGAGAAUCCCCACAGGAGAGAUCCAAGAGAAGCAAACUGAGAGCAGUAAAGACCACAGCUGGCGGCCCGACUUUGUGAUAAGCAGGAGACACCCUAAAAAACGGGACAAGCCGUAUAAAUGCUCUGAGUGCGGCAAAAGUUUUAGUGUGAGCUCGGACAUUAUCCGGCAUCAGAGAAUCCACACGGGAGAGAAGCCGUACAAAUGCCUGACGUGCGGGAAAGGCUUCAACCAGAACUCCCACCUCACUGCACAUCAGAGAACCCACACGGGCGAGAAACCAUACAAAUGCUGGGAGUGCGGGAAGAGCUUCAGCCUGAGCUCAGACUUCACCAGGCACCAGAGAAUCCACACAGGAGCAAAGCCGUAUAAAUGCUCUGAGUGUGGGAAGGGUUUCAUUCAGAAGUCGCACUACAUUACGCACACAAGGAACCACACGGGGGAAAACCCGUUCAAAUGCCCCGAGUGCGGGAGAGGAUUCACUUCCAGUACACUCCUCAUCAGACACCAGAGAAUCCACACGGGCGAGAAGCCAUUCAAAUGCUCCUUCUGCGACAAGAGGUUCUGUGCCAGUUCGAACCUGGUCACACACAUGCGGACACAUACUGGGGAGAAGCCCUUUAAGUGCCUGGAGUGCGGGAAGAGCUUCAGUCAGAAAUCCACCCUGAUCGCUCACGAGAGAACGCACACGGGCGAGAAACCGUACAAGUGCUGGUGCGGUAAAAUGUUCAGCAAGAGCUCCGACCUCCUCGCUCACGAGAGAACCCACACGGGAGAGAAGCCGUACAUCUGCCCGAGCUGCGGCAAAAAUUUCCGGAUGAGCUCACACCUCAUCAGGCACCAACGGAUUCACACGGGAGAGAAACCGUAUAAGUGUUCGGAGUGCGGAAGGAGCUUCAGCGCCAGUUCUCACCUUAUCAGACAUCAGAAAAUCCACCUGGGAGGAAACUGACAAACAAGCAAAGGCCCAAUUCUACCACCCUGCUCCAAAAUAAAAUAUCCCACCGCUGACACAAGGCAGGAUGCAAUUUUGCGCAAUUUCUUGGAAGUUCCAUUCAUUGAAGUCAAUGGAGUUUACUUCCAAAUUAGCAUAUUUUUGGAUUGCUGUAUUGGGGUGUGCUGGGCCGCAAUC